CGAGGAUUUGAUUUCAAGCCAUACUCAACACAAUGCACUUUCUAAAAACGAACUAAUGGAAUCUUCGAUUGAAACCAUCUUGAAAUUAACCCAAUGGCUUGGUUUAUUGUUACAAGACUAUUUAUUAUUAGUGACAUAGUAUUGGGGCCGCAGCCUCCUCACCAUCAAGCGCCACCCUGAACACAAACUCAGAAUUCAAGCCCCGCCCAACUGUUCUUGCAAAUUUAUCAGUAACUACCAUGGCCGUUGAGAAUUUAAUGGAAAUUCAAAUUCCGCAUCAGAAACACUACCCUGCAAGUUAUUUCCCAUUAGUUUUAUCCCCGUCUUCGGCUUCUUUCGCUGUUUCGUCCUUCGCUCAAGCCAUCAAAGCCCAGAAAUCAACAAUCGAUUCCCUGAUUCUCAACUCCGGAGCCAUACUCUUCAGAGGUUUUCCGGUUGAAGCGGCGUCCGACUUCAACGACGUCGUUGAGGCCUUUGGUUACGAGGAGUUUCCUUACGUUGGAGGUGCAGCUCCUCGAAGUAAGGUCGUUGGUCGGGUUUUCACGGCCAACGAGUCCCCGCCAGACCAGAAGAUCCCUUUUCAUCACGAAUUGGCCCAGGUGCCUGAAUUCCCUGCCAAGCUGUUUUUCUAUUGUGAAGUAGAGCCUAGAAGUGGUGGAGAAACACCCAUUGUUCUCAGUCAUGUUGUUUAUGAGAGAGUGAAAGAGAAAUAUCCAGAGUUUGUUGAGAGGUUGGAGGAACAGGGCCUAAUUUACACUCGCGUGUUGGGAGAAGAUGAUGAUCCAUCAUCUCCAAUUGGCCGUGGUUGGAAAUCUACAUUCUUGACUCACGAUAAGAGCAUUGCUGAAGAAAGGGCAGCUAAGUUGGGAAUGAAGUUGGAGUGGUUAAAAGAUGGAGUGAAAACAGUAAUGGGUCCAAUCCCAGCCAUCAAGCAUGAUAAAGUACGACAGCGCAAGAUUUGGUUUAAUAGCAUGGUUGCAGCUUACACCGGUUGGGAAGAUGCAAGGAACGAUCCCGUAAAGGCGGUAACGUUUGGGGACGGUACUCCAUUGCCAGCUGAUAUCAUCUAUGGCUGCUUGAGAAUUCUGGAAGAGGAGUCUGUUGCCAUUCCUUGGCAGAAAGGUGAUAUUCUUCUGAUUGACAAUUGGGCUGUCCUUCACUCACGUAGGCCAUUCCUCCCUCCUCGUCGUAUACUCGCUUCACUUUGCAGGUAAGUGCAUCACAAAGACGGGAAAAUCAUGUAGGACCAGGAUUGUGGCAAUUCUAAAGCAGAUGGUUGAAUUAUUGUCAUCAAGUAGAAUAAAGUCAUUGUUGUUCUUCAGCUGUGUAUGUAUUGAAGGUUCCCAUGCUCUUUCUCUCUCCAAACCAAUUCUAUCUCAUGUAAUUUAAAGAAAGUACUCAAUAAAACUGUGUAGUGUUAACCGUUAAUAAUGUAAUUGCCUUUGGCUUUAUUCAGUAAGUUGUAUUCAUGUAAGGGUAUUCAUCUCCAACAUUCAUGGACGGGUUGGUUAAAACGAAAUAUAAUUUCAUUGUCUACGACA